AUGCCUUUGCCCCCUCAUGAUCUGACCGCGCCGUUCAACUUUGCAAAAGAAGAAGAGAAGGUGCUAGAAUACUGGAAAGAAAUAGAUGCGUUCCAGACGAGUUUGAAGCUCUCGGAGGGCAGACCAGAGUUCUCCUUCUACGACGGUCCGCCGUUCGCGACCGGCUUGCCGCACUAUGGUCAUCUGCUUGCUGGAACGAUCAAGGAUAUAGUGACUCGGCACGCGCACGCGAGCGGGUUCCACGUCUCACGACGAUUCGGCUGGGACACGCACGGACUGCCCGUGGAGCACGAGAUUGACAAGAAACUUGGGAUCACAGGGCGGGACGAUGUCAUGAAGAUGGGCAUCGCAGCAUACAACGCGGAGUGUCGCGCGAUCGUCAUGCGGUACGCGUCUGAAUGGCGGCGCACGGUCGAGCGCAUGGGCCGGUGGAUUGACUUCGACAACGACUACAAGACGCUGAACGUCACUUUUAUGGAGAGCGUGUGGUGGGCCUUCUCCGAGCUCUUCAAGAAGGGCAUGGUGUACAGAGGAUUGAGGGUCAUGCCGUAUUCCACAGGCUGUCUGACUCCGCUGUCAAAUUUUGAGGCUGGUCUGAAUUACAAAGAUGUCAGUGACCCCGCUGUUACCGUGGCCUUCCCUCUGGUCGAUGAUCGAAAAACAUCGCUACUGGCAUGGACGACCACACCAUGGACGCUACCCUCGAAUCUUGCCCUUUGCGUGCACCCCGACUACACCUACAUCAAGAUCCACGAUCAGGCACGCGACGAGAACUUCAUCUUGCACGAAGGUCUCCUUAGGACUCUGUACAAAGACCCUAAGAAGGCAAAGUUCAAAAAACUGGGCACAUUCAAGGGUUCCGACAUGAAGGGUUGGCGAUAUGUGCCUUUAUUUGAGUACUUCACUGAGCAGUUCGAGGACAAGGCGUUCCGGGUGCUUACCGAUACUUACGUUACGGACGCCGAUGGUACAGGUAUUGUUCACCAGGCACCUGCGUUUGGUGAAGAAGAUCACCGCAUUGCCCUCGCGAAUGGUGUCUUACGGCCAGAUGAGAUGCCACCAUGUCCGAUCGACGAUGAAGGGCGAUUUACGAAGGAGGUGCCAGACUUUGCCGGCCAGCACGUCAAGGUCGCGGACAAGGAUAUUCAGAAGGUGCUCAAGGCCAAGGGCCGCUUGAUCGUGCAGUCAACUAUCCAGCACUCGUACCCGUACUGUUGGAGAUCGGGAACUCCCCUGUUGUACCGCGCCAUCCCGGCAUGGUUCGUCAAAGUCUCUCCUAUCGUAGACCAAUUAGUGGACAACAACAGCCAGACGCGGUGGGUACCGCAAAAUGUUGGAGAUGGUAGGUUCGCGAACUGGUUGGUCAACGCGCGUGACUGGAAUAUUUCUCGGAAUCGAUAUUGGGGAACGCCUAUGCCACUUUGGGCGAGCGACGACUUAGAGGAGAUUGUGUGCGUUGGCUCAGUGGCGGAGCUGGAGAAGUUGUCUGGUGUAAAUGGCAUCACAGAUCUGCACAGAGACAAGAUCGACCACAUCACCAUCCCUUCAAAACAGGGAAAGGGCCAGCUGAAACGAAUUGAAGAGGUUUUCGACUGUUGGUUCGAGUCGGGCAGUAUGCCGUAUGCUCAAAAUCACUAUCCUUUCGAGAAUAAGGAGCUGUUCGAGAAGACUUUCCCUGCUGACUUCGUGUCUGAAGGUAUCGACCAGACACGUGGAUGGUUUUAUACGCUUCUAGUCCUCUCUACGCACCUCUUUGGCAAGGCACCAUGGAAGAAUCUCAUUGUCUAUGGUCUUGUACUCGCAGCAGAUGGUAAGAAGAUGAGCAAAAGUCUGAAAAACUACCCGGAUCCCAAUGAUAUCAUCAACCUGUAUGGCGCCGAUGCUACAAGAAUGUUCCUCGUGAAUUCGCCCAUCGUGCGAGGUGACAACCUCCGCUUCCGCGAAGAGGGUGUUCGCGAGGUUGUCUCGCGCGUUUUGCUUCCCUGGCUAAAUGCGACACGGUUUUUCCUCGGGCAGGUAGCGCUGCUUAAGAAAGCAAGGGGGCAUGAGUUCAAGUACAGCCCACAUGCAGCUGUGUCUGCGAACGUGAUGGACCGAUGGAUCCUUGCCCGCUGCCAGUCGCUUAUCAAGCUUGUGCGCGAGGAAAUGGCAGCGUACCGUUUGUACACGAUCAUCCCUCGCCUGCUUGACCUCGUCGACGAGCUCACUAAUUGGUACAUCCGUUUCAACCGCCGGCGUCUGAAGGGGGAGGAUGGCUUAGAAGACACUGUCGCUGCACUAAAUACCUUAUUCGAGACACUGUUCACAUUGUGCAGGACGAUGUCAUCGUACACACCGUUCUUGACGGAAAACAUUUACCAAUCGCUGCGACAGUUUAUCGCCGAAGAUCCUUCAGCCGGCGAUGCACGAUCCAUCCACUUCUUGUCCUUCCCAGAAGUGAAACAUGAGUACUUCGAUGCAGAUAUCGAGCGACAGGUCAAGCGCAUGCAGACUGUGAUCGAGCUCACGCGGAAUAUUCGCGAGCGACACAACAUCUCUCUGAAGACGCCAUUGCGCGAGCUUCUGGUCUUCCAUGCGGAUCAACAGUGGCUGGAAGAUGCGAAGGGGCUGCAGCGGUACAUCCAAUCGGAACUUAACGUGCGCGACAUUAUUUUUACCUCGGACGAGGCCCUCGCCGGGGUGCGCUACCGCGCCGUUGCCGACUGGCCCGUACUCGGGCGCAAGCUGCGGAAAGAUCUCGCUCGCGUGAAGAAUGCACUCCCGUCCGUGCCGAGUGAUGCUGUGCGCGCAUAUGUGCAGACUGGGAAGCUGACGGUAGAUGGCAUCGAGCUGGUUACGGGUGACCUGACGGUGCAGAGAUACAUCGAGCUCCCAGAGCAAGUGGCAGGCCAAAGCGGCGUCGCCCAGCACGCGACGCACACAGACAACGACGUCGUCGUGCGCCUUGACAUUGAAGUGCAUGCGGAGCUGCAGAGCGAAUGGCUCGCCCGGGAACUCAUGAACCGCAUCCAGAAGCUGCGGAAACGCGCGGGGCUGCAAGCGACGGACGACGUAGAUGUAUUCUAUGAGAUUGAGGAGGGUGCAGGAGCGGAUCUGCUUGAGGCGCUCCGGAGUCAUGCGAAAGUCAUCCAGAAGACGGUGAGGAGCGUGCCGGUGGAAGUGAAGCGGAGAAAAGGUCCGCAAAAGGUGCUCAUUGAGGAGGAGCAGGAGGUGGCAGAUGUGAAGUUCAUGCUGUCGUUGGCGUGGCCGUAG